AGAACAUCUCAUGAAGUAUGUGACCCUUUGGCCUUCUGAGUAACCCCAGCCCUGAAGCAUCUGGCCUGCAUCCCAGGUGCCACAGUUUGGAAGUCUGGUGGAUGUCUUCGACCACCUGCCAGGAAACGUUGGAGGAGGAGCACACUUUGGUGGUGGGACAUACUGGGGAGUUGAAAAAGUCUUCCGACCCCUGGCCUGGCUUAGAACAUCACCAGUUCUACUGAUGUCCUACAUUCCUCCCAGAUCACAUGCCAGCCUCCCACUGCUUCUCAGAGAUUGUCCUACCCAUCUUGCCCAUGAGACAGUGAGUGAGCUCCCUGAGGAAAGGAUCUCAUCUCUCUUAUACUCCGUUCUGUCACCUGCGCCAAGAACAGCCUGGAACGGACUUCCACAGCAAAGAGAUGGAGGCAAAGAAGGCUUCUUAUAGGAAGCAGAAGAAAAUCUUGCAGAGUCGUAAGGGACAAAGUAGUCAUAAUUUGCUGAAGAGAAACCAGGAGCGCAUUCUAAGAAGAAGAUGCAAACGGCCCAGCAUUUUAAUCAGAUAUUGACACAAAUUAUUUUAAAGAAGAAAAGCAACACCAUUUCCAUAGUUGGUAUUCCGUUGUUUGCCAUCCCUGAAGUGCUCCCAAGAAAACCCAGACAUUCUUCAGAUCACAAUCGUAGCUUGCUGCCAGACAUGGCCCUCUCAGUGGACUCGUCUUGGUACCGGUGGCAGUGGCGAGUCAGAGAUGGCCUCCCACAGUCUCCAUCAGAAGCCACACCACUGCUGUCCCCGGAGGAGGGGGCGCAGAACUACAACCUGGCACAGCAGCGGGUCGUGCUCCCCAACAACAACGUAUUCCACCGGGAUUGGGCCAAGGUCUCCAGGAGAUACUCUGGCAACAGAAUCUGCACCACCAAGUAUACCCUCUUCACCUUCCUGCCCCAGAAUCUCUUGGAGCAGUUUCACAGAUGGGCUAACCUCUAUUUCCUGUUCCUGGUGAUUCUGAACUGGAUGCCCUCCAUGGAAGUCUUCCACAGGGAGAUUACUAUGUUACCGUUGGCCAUUGUCCUGUUCAUCACCAUGGUCAAGGAUGGCAUAGAGGACUUCAAGAGACACCGCCUUGAUAGAGAGAUAAACUGCUCCAACAUCCAGAUAUAUGAAAGAAAAGAGCAGAGCUACACGCAGAAGUGCUGGAAGGAUGUGCAAGUGGGGGACUUCAUCCAAAUGCAAUGCAAUGAGAUCAUCCCAGCCGACAUACUCCUCCUCUUUUCCUCGGACCCCAGUGGGAUCUGUCAUCUGGAAACCUCCAACUUGGAUGGAGAGACAAACCUCAAGCAGAGACGUGUUGUAAAGGGCUUCACACAGCAGGAGGUACAGUUCCAACCAGAAGGUUUCCACAACAUCAUCGUGUGUGAGAAGCCUAACAACCACCUUAACAGGUUUAAAGGUUAUAUGGAACAUCCCGACCAGAGCAGAACCGGCUUUGGCAGUGAGAGUCUUCUGCUUCGAGGCUGCACCAUCAGAAACACCAAAGUGGCUGUUGGCAUUGUCAUCUACGCGGGCCAUGAGACAAAAGCCAUGCUGAACAACAGCGGCCCGCGGUACAAACGCAGCAAGAUCGAGCGGCGCAUGAACACAGACAUCUUCUUCUGCAUCGGGAUCCUCUUCCUCAUGUGCCUCACUGGGGCUGUAGGUCACAGCCUCUGGAAUGGAACCUUUGCAGAACACCCUCCCUUUGAUGUGCCAGAUGCCGAGGGCAACUUCCUUCCCCUUGCCCUUGGAGGCUUCUACAUGUUCCUCACCAUGAUCAUUCUGCUCCAGAUACUGAUCCCAAUCUCCCUGUACGUGUCCAUCGAGCUGGUGAAGCUCGGGCAAGUCUUCUUCCUGCACAAUGACCUUGACCUGUACGAUGAAGAGACCUAUUUGUCCAUUCAGUGUCGAGCCCUCAACAUCACUGAGGACUUGGGCCAGAUCCAGUACAUCUUCUCUGACAAGACGGGGACACUGACCGAGAACAAGAUGGUGUUCAGGCGUUGUACCAUCAUGGGCCACGAGUAUUCUCACCAAGAAAAUGCUAAGCGACUAGAGACCCCAGAGGAGCUGGACUCAGACGGCGAAGAGCGGACCCAAUACCGGUGCUUGUCCUUCCCAGCCCGAAGGGACCAGGGACCAGCAACAAUAAGGGGCCAAGGAGGGUCCCAGCCUCUGAGGAGCCAGAGUGCCCGGGCACGCAUCCAGGGCCACUGGCGACAAAGGUCCAGGGGCCGCUGUGAAAUCUCACAGCCCGCUGUGGCCUUCAGCAGCUCCAUAGAAAAAGAUGUGACUCCGGAUAAAAACCUCCUGACCAAGGUACAAGAUGCAGCCCUGUGGCUGGACACCCUGUCAGACAGCAGACCUGCCAAGCCUUCCCUCUCUACCACCUCCUCCACUGCUGACUUCUUCCUGGCCUUAACCAUCUGCAACUCCGUCACGGUCUCCACGACCGCAGAGCCCCGUCAGAGGGUCACAGUGCCACCCUCGACCAAGGCUCUGGUGACAUCCCUGGAGAAGAUUCAGCAGCUGUUCCGCAAGUUGAAGCUUUCGAGCCUCAGCCAGUCAUUCUCGACCACCGCACCCUCCGACGUGGACCUGGGGGAGAGUUUGGGGGCCAACAUGCCCACCACGGACUCGGAAGAGAGAGACGACGCGUCUGUGAGCAGUGGCGGCUACUCCACCGACGGUGGCUACAGGAGCAGCACGUGGGAGCAGGGUGACAUCCUGGGGGUGGGUCCGGGUGCCUCCCUGGAGGAGGUGCUGCAGGACCCGGCCCUCAGCCUGGCCGGCCCCGAAGUCUGUUACGAGGCCGAGAGCCCUGAUGAGGCUGCCCUGGUGCACGCUGCCCGUGCCUACAGCUUCACGCUGGUGUCCCGGACGCCCAAGCAGGUGACCGUGCGCUUGCCCCAGGGCACCUGCCUCACCUUCGAUGUCCUCUGCACCCUGGAGUUUGACUCUGUCAGGAAGAGGAUGUCCGUGGUCGUGAGGCACCCGCUGACCGGUGAGAUCAUCGUCUACACCAAGGGUGCCGACUGCGUUAUCAUGGACCUGCUGGAAGACCCAGCCUGUGUGACUGACACUGAUGUGGAAAAGAAGGUGAGGAAAAUCCGAGCCCAGACCCAGAGGCAUCUAGACUUGUAUGCGAGAGAUGGCCUUCGAACACUGUGCAUCGCCAAGAAGAUCUUAAGUGAAGAGGACUUCCAGAGAUGGGCCAGUUUCCGGCGUGAGGCUGAGGCGUCCCUCAACAACAGAGAUGAGCUUCUCUUGGAGACAGCACAGCACCUGGAGAACCAACUCAUCUUACUCGGAGCCACUGGGAUCGAAGACCGGCUGCAGGAAGGAGUUCCAGAUACAGUCGCUGCUCUGCAGGAGGCUGGGAUCCGGCUCUGGGUCCUGACUGGAGAUAAGCAGCAGACGGCAGUCAAUAUCGCCUAUGCCUGCAGACUGUUAGACCAGAAGGACACCGUUUAUUCCAUUAACACAGAAAGUCAGGAAACCUGUGAAUCCAUCCUCAACUUGGUAUUGGAAGAGGUAAAGCAACUUCAUGGACCACAGAAGCCGGACCACAAGCUCUCUGGGUUCUUCCGCCUACCUUCUGCGACGCCACCCCCCACCUCAGGAGCUGCAGUUCCAGAGGUUGGAUUGGUCAUCGAUGGGAAGACGUUGAAUGCCAUUUUCCAGGGAAAACUGGAGGAGAAAUUUCUGGAGUUGACCCAGUAUUGCCGGUCUGUCCUGUGCUGCCGCUCCACCCCACUCCAGAAGAGUAUGCUCGUCAAGCUGGUGCGAGACAGGCUGAGAGCCAUGACCCUUUCCAUAGGUGAUGGAGCAAAUGAUGUAAGCAUGAUUCAAGCUGCUGAUAUUGGGAUUGGAAUAUCUGGACAGGAAGGCAUGCAGGCCGUCAUGUCCAGCGACUUUGCCAUCUCCCACUUCAGACACCUCAAGAAGCUGCUGCUUGUGCACGGACACUGGUGUUACUCACGCCUGGCCAGGAUGGUGGCGUACUACUUCUACAAGAACGUGGGCUACGUCAACCUGCUCUUCUGGUACCAGUUCUUCUGUGGUUUCUCUGGCUCCACCAUGAUCGAUUACUGGCAAUUGAUCUUCUUCAAUCUCUUCUUCACCUCCUUGCCUCCUCUUGUCUUCGGAGUCCUCGAUAAAGACGUCUCUAUGGAAACACUCCUGGCGUUGCCUGAGCUGUACAAGAGUGGUCAGAACUCUGAGUGCUAUAACCUGCUGACUUUCUGGAUUUCCAUGGCGGAUGCGUUCUACCAGAGCCUCGUCUGUUUCUUUAUCCCCUACCUGACCUACAAGGAUUCUGACAUCGACAUCUUUACCUUUGGGACACCCAUCAACACCGUUUCCCUCGCCACAAUCCUCCUGCACCAGGCAAUGGAAAUGAAGACCUGGACCAUCAUCCACGGGCUUGUUCUCGCAGGCAGCUUCCUGAUGUACUUUGUGGUAUCCCUAGUGUACAACGCCACCUGCGUCACCUGCAACAGUCCCAUCAACCCCUACUGGGUGAUGGAAGGCCAGCUCUCGGACCCCACUUUCUACCUCGUCUGCUUCCUCACACCGGUCGUGGCUCUUCUCCCAAGGUACUUUCUCCUGGCUCUACAAGGCACAUAUGGGAAGUCUCUGAUCUUAAAAGCUCAGAAAAUUGACAAACUCCCCAUGGACAAAAGAGAGCUGGAAAUCCGGAGUUGGAGAAGCCGACAGAGGCCUGCCACUGUCCCUGGAGAGGCCCAGCCCACCCACCGUCCAGGGCCACCUGCCCCAGAACCGAGCUUCAGAGCCAGCACCCCAAAGAGCUCGAGCCCUGUGGAGUGCAAGUACAAAGAGGACUGGGUGCUGCGGAGAGAGAGAUCCAAUGGAGACCACAUAAGGGAUGACCCAUGCUCACGGGACUCCUGGGCUAAAUUCUCAUCUGGGGAGCACCUUCUCCUGGAGCCUAGUAGGAUGAUGGCGUCCGGAGCCUACUCAAGUGGACAGACUAAGUCGAACCGGCCCUUCAGCCGGGGCAGCCAUCGCCGAUCCCAGAGUUCAGUGACCAUAUGAGGGGCCUGCAGAGAUCUGCACAAACUCAGAGGAGGCCGCCUAAUCACUGGCUUAAUUAACCACGACUCUUCCUCUUCAUGAAGGGAAGAAUGUGCCCGUCUUACCCUCUUCUCCCCACCAGGCUUGACUUCCUUAGAGGAAGUGCUGGCCCCAAGGGGUCUGACAAAAAAGGACUGGAAACCAGUCGACCUCUAGUUUUCUCCUGCUGCCAGGCAGCACUUCUUGCAAAAGGUUUUCUAUAAGGAGGCUAUAUUUCUAUUGCAUUGAGCGUUUUUCAUUUUUUAACCCAGAGACAUUCUUUGACCCUCUAGAUAAGUACAGCCUACAACCCAAUGCAACUGGGCCAUCAGUUUCCCAGAUGCCAAGAAGUGUGUAGCGAGCCAGCCAAUAUCUCAAGAUCUGGAAGUUUCUGGGCUUGUCAAACCAUCACCUCACCCCUCGGUGUCAAGAGUUCAAGUUUCAGAAGAGUCUCAUACACACAAGUGCCUCAUCUCAAAUGUAUUGCAGGGAUGGUCAUAUCGGGGUUAACAUCCCUUCCAGAGUUGGGUCUGCUCUAAACCAAAGAAAAUCACACCUAAAGAUUAAAAUCAGAUUUGUGUGUGUGUGUGUUUUGGGUUUUUUUU